AUGGCCAGGAAUUCGGACAUGUUCAACAAGUUGACAGACUACCUUCUCUUCAUCAUCGUCUCUCUGUUGCCCUUCAAAGAGGCGGCAAGAACCAGCGUUCUCUCCAAGCGUUGGCGCCAUGUCUGGCGCGCAACGAAGAACAUUGACUUCAAUGAGAGAUUCUUUGUGAGAGCCGGCGAACCGGACGAAAUCCAAGAGUCCCAGAGACUUUUUUUCGUCCAUUUUGUCCGGCAAUGGAUGGAAAACUACCAAGAACCGCUUGUAGAAAACUUUCAACUCACCUUCACGAAGCCCGGAAGCUUCCGUGACGAUAUGGACCGCUGCAUUGCAUUUGCCGUCAACCGUAGCGUGAGAUUUUUAGCCGUUGAUUUCUCUGACCCGACAUGGGGGGAAGACGAUCUCGACGACCAUGCAGCGUUGUUUGACUUGCCGUUGACCGUGUACGGACACGCAGUUCUCGAGUCUCUAAAGUUGUUCUCUUGCAGUUUUCGGAUGUCUGAGUUUGUCAACUUCGGAUUGCUUAAGGAUGUCUCAUUGGGUUGGGUUGAAUUAAGGAUGUCUGCCAUUGAAGCAAUCUUAGUGAACUGUCCCCUGCUACAGAGUUUGAGUUUGAAGAAGUGUUGGAACAUUGAGCACCUUGAUAUCAAGGUGCCAAAUUUGCAGCUGAGAAAUUUGUUCAUCGACAAGUGCAAAUUUCUUCAAGAUUGGUAUGGGAUUGAAGCACCAAAUUUAAGGUUGUUCAAGUAUUCUGGGGCUGUGGGGUUUUUUGAGGUUGAGAUAAACAGGGAGGUUAUGGAAGAGGCUGAUCUUGAUUUUGGGCUUGAGUUUGAGUUUGAUGCAGCAGCAGGUCAUAUUCUCUAUCAACUCCUUGAACAAAUUUACCCCAUCAGGAUUUUGACCGUUUGCAGUUACAUGCUUCAGGUUAUUCCCUGUGGAGAUGAACCAUUCAAGAUGGAUUUUCCCCUGAACUUAACGCACUUAACAUUGAAGGCUGCUCUGCAUGAACAUGAAUUUUUUGGAAUGUGCUUCUUCCUGCGCAGUAGUCCUUGUUUGGAGACUCUCACAAUCCAAAUAGGCCCCGGAAGAGUGUUUCCUGAUUACGCGCCCCCAUUUCCGCUGGCGCCUGAUAACUUCUGGGAGCAGAAGUUCCCCCCCUUCAACUCCUUGCCCUUCGAGUGCUUCAACACUCUUACUGUUGUGGAGGUUGAAGGCUUCAGGGGAACAAGGCAUGAACUUCCCUUCCUGCGCUAUUUGAUCCGCUCUGGCCAUGUCCUGGAACACCUACACAUUACUGUUUCAAAGGAAGGUGAAGAAAACGGUGGAAAUGUCCAAGCAUACCAUGAGAGAGCUCAAGUGCUGCAGACGUUCCAAAAAGCCUCACCAAAUCUGCAGAUAUCCAUCUAUUAAAACAGAGGACCCUGCUGCUCCUAUUGGCUACUAGAUUUUAAUAAAUGGAGCAGCCCCUAUUAGCUAUUUGCAUAAGAGAAAUUUGAAAUAAGAACACAAUAAUCUCUGUUAAUUUCUCGUAAAACUUUUGAAUUUGCUGGCUUUCAAACAUUUAGCCAGUUGCUUUAACUGGUCAACUUUCUAUAAACAGAGGGAACCUUUUAUCCUACUUCCUGUCUAAAUCUUUGG